CAGUUCAAGCAGAUCUCUCAAGCCUACGAGGUCCUGUCGGAUUCGCACAAACGGGCCCUGUACGACCGUGGUGGGGAGAGGGCCAUGAAAGAGGGGGGCCUGGGGAACAGGGGGGGCAGCAGCAGUGGAUUUGGAUCCCCCAUGGACAUCUUUGACCUCUUCUUCGGCGGGGGAGUCAGGAUGCGUGGCCGGGCAGACAGGAGAGGGAAGACAGUGGUUCACCAGCUCUCUGUGUCCCUGGAGGACCUGUACAACGGGACCACUCGGAAGCUGUCACUGCAGAAGAACAUCAUCUGCAGGAAGUGUGGAGGCUGUGGGGUCCGGGAGGGUGCCCAGAGGAGAUGUCCCAAAUGUCACGGCUCUGGAAUGGAAGUUCGGAUCCACCAGUUGGGUCCCAGUAUGAUCCAGCAGAUCCAGACAGUGUGUUCCCAGUGCCAAGGUCAAGGAGAAUGGAUCAGACCUCGGGAUUGUUGCCUCACCUGCAACGGCCGCAAAGUGGUGAGGGAGAAGAAGAUCCUCAGUGUCCACCUGGAUAAAGGCAUGAAGGACGGGCAGAAGAUCACUUUCCAUGAAGAAGGAGAUCAAGUUCCAGGUCUGGAACCUGGAGACAUCAUCAUUGUCCUGGAUCAGAAGGAGCACCCGGUGUUCAGGAGGAGUGGAGAUGACCUGGUGGUGAAGAGGGAGAUCAGCUUGGCCGACGCGCUCUGCGGCUGCCGGCAGCUCAUCCGCACCCUGGACAACAGGGCCCUGCUCAUCUCCUCCCAGCCAGGUGACGUUAUCAGACCUGGGGACAUGAAGUGUGUCCCCAACGAGGGGAUGCCUGUCUACAGGAGCCCCUUCCAGAAGGGGAAACUCAUCGUGCAGUUCCAGGUGAAGUUCCCAGAGCCUGGUUGGCUCCCCCCAGACCGGCUCCGCCAGCUCCAGACCUUCUUCCCCCCCCAGGAGGAGGUCAUGGCCACCGAGGAGACCGAGGAGGUGGAGCUGAGUG